AUGAUAACUUGGAUCAUAUUUUUUAACAUUUUAACAUUAGUUUUUGGAUUCGGUCAAGGCUAUGGAGCUUGGAGCAGUGGAUGGUUUGAUCAGAGUGGUGAACGCUGUGAAACGGCUAUCAAGGAAAUAGUCAUUGAAGAUCGAGCAACAAUUGUUGACGAGACGCCAGACAGACUUCAGGCCACUUGGCUAUCUCAAGAAUGCGAAGUCCGAGCUGGUCCAGAAUAUGUAAUCAGGAAGUAUACAUUUUUCAAGAAUGGUACCUUCCUCUUACUAAGGCAUCACUAUGCUGAAGAAUCAUGUAGUGUAGCAACACAUACCGUCAGUGCAAGAGGUGUGAUUAAGCUUUUGUCACCAUCCGGAUUAGCUCCUGGUGCGACGGAAGCAAGAUAUCAACUGGAUCGUGUUCACAUUACUCCACUCACUAGACAGGUAGCUCACAAAUUUGGUCAUCGAGUAAAUGUAACUUGUACCCCUCAACCGAAAUGGAGGCCAUAUGCUCCUCAUGUAGUCUACGAACAACCGUCUCAACGAUCUUCCAAUUUUCUGUGGGAAGUGCCAACAUACAAUUCUUUUCAACGACAUUUAUCUUCAAGAAAACAUCGUGGCUUAGACUGUCUUGAACCUCUGGGAAUUAAUUUCAAUGAAUUAAAACUUGUAAGAAUACAGAAGAAACCUAUGACUUCAACUUUUUUUGGAUUUGGAUCUAAUGGUCAACCACGAGUUGAAUUGAUGCUUGGUAGUUUACCGCCUAAUGUUUAUUCAAAAAAGACUCAUAGAUCCACAUCGUUACAAGCUAACACUCUUCUUCGUAGUGAUACGACACACGGAUGUUUGGUAUGUGGUGCAAUAUCUCGAGGAACAGAGAGUAGUCCACCACUUCUUCAUGAGGUAGCAGCGCUUCCAGCGUUGUUAGGUGGUUCGUGGAUUUCAUCAAGUUGUGAAAGUUGUGAGGGUGGUUUGUGGAUUAAACGUCAGUUACAAUUCUAUUCCGGAGAUAUUUUAUGGACUGGCCGAUGGGAUUAUUAUUCGGACUCUAAAUGUAUGAAUUUUCUUUACGCCGUAACAGCUGCAGGAAGUUAUAUCCAGCGAGCUGGAAGACAAAAGCGACACAGGAUGCCGAUAAAUGACGUUCCCACAACAUUUGAUAGUCCUUUAAAAGGUUCAAGUGACUUGAUAUCUAUUACAAGUAGUGAUGAAAGUAAAAUUGAAGCAUUAAUAGGAGCUCGAGAUUUUUUACGUGCUAAAAGAAACCUUAACGGAGAUUCUAUGGAUAAAAAAUGGGAUAUGGACUGGAUAAAAGCCACAGCAAAAAGAUUAUUGGAUAUCAAAGGAACAAAAGGAAAUUUCCAACCGGAAAUCAUAAUAAAUACAGAAAAAUCAAAGAAACAAGACGAUUCUACUACAACAGUAAAACCUGUAGAAAGCACUACAAUAGACCUAGAUCUUGAUGGAAAAGCGAGGAGAAGUUUACACGCUGGUGAUUCUUAUCGACAUUUACUUCAAAACGCUCAACCAUCAAUUGCGGAAUCCUUUACAUUAAUGUUAAGAGGUAAUCAACGCCAUGAGGACACUACGAAGAAGCCAUCAAUUUCAAUAAUACCAGCCGGUUCUACUGAACUAGACCUACAUGUUGCUGAAAGCCUUUUAAUUGCUGGAGAUCUCUCAAUAGCUGCUCGUUGCGGUGCUCAAAUUAUAGAUGAUGGACGAGGAUUAAGAGUUCGACCUUUAAAUAUAUGGCCGCGUAAUUGUGUUAAGCAUGCACUCGAAGCACCAUCUACUCUUGGAUUGAGAGCUAGAUUGGGUGUUAAUUGGAGUGGUCAGUACACUCUUUUACUUGGACCACGUGAUGAUAGUCUUUGGGAAGCUCCUCUACGUCAAUGUGGACCAACUCCAGCAUAUAAUCCCGUACUCCGUGCUCAUUUACGACAAAGUUUAGGGUAUAGGUAUGGUUUAUUCGUUUCAUCUAAAUCAUCUGACUCUAACAACAAUUAUCCUUUCACUCAAGUGUUAGGUUUAUUAUUUUCAUAUCUCUUUUACGUACUUUUCAGAUAAAUUUAAUGAAUAUGAAAAUAAUUGUAAAUAAAAGUUAGUAAUAAUUACUGUAAAUAUGUAAAUAAAUAAAUCAUGUGCAUGGUAAAUACGAUUUUUCGUAUUUUAACCAACACAUUUCAGUGACUAAUUACCAAUAAUAUGCCAGUAACAAAAAUAAUAUAAUUUUGCUAGCGUUAAAUUUUUUUUAAUAAUUUACUAUUCUAAGUAAUGAAGCUCAGUGUAAUGACUG